AGCCCAACAGAGAGACUCGCAUCCGCUCGUGGUAGCCGCUGCCGCUGCGCAUCGCUCUAACGGAUUUUAACUUGAUACAUAUCUCAGGAUUUUUUUUUUGAGGCAGAGGGGACGUUUGAAUAUCACAACCUGAAAGUAUUCAUUUCCUACACCAGUGGAUCGUAAUUUGCUGUGGCUUUGUGGGAUAUUUCCGAUUUAAAAAUAAGAUGCCUGCCGAUAUGAUGGAAAAAACCUCCUCCUCUCCGGUCGCUGCCACCCCGGCAAGCAUGAACACAACUCCCGAUAAACCCAAGACAGCCUCUGAGCACAGAAAGUCAUCCAAGCCAAUUAUGGAAAAGAGGAGAAGAGCCAGAAUCAACGAGAGCUUGGGGCAGCUGAAAACCCUCAUCCUGGAUGCGCUCAAAAAAGAUAGCUCCAGACACUCUAAACUGGAGAAGGCGGACAUCCUGGAGAUGACGGUGAAGCAUCUCCGGAACCUCCAGAGGGUUCAGAUGACUGCUGCCCUGAACACCGACCCCACUGUCUUGGGAAAAUAUCGUGCUGGUUUCAGCGAGUGCAUGAAUGAGGUCACCCGUUUCCUGUCCACCUGUGAAGGUGUCAAUACUGAGGUCAGGACGCGGCUCCUUGGCCACUUGGCUAACUGCAUGACCCAGAUCAACGCUAUGAACUACCCCAGCCAGCAUCAGCACCAACACCAGCUCCCACCCACCGCCGGACCAACCCACCCCUCCUUCGGCCAGUCCAUGGUGCAGAUCCCCAGCUCAUCCCCGCAGGUCCUGCCCAUGAACGCGGUGUCCUGCAAAGGAGGCUCAUCGCCGGCUAGUAUACCUUCAGACGCCACCAAAGUGUACGGUGGUUUCCAGAUCGUGCCUGCAACAGACGGACAGUUUGCCUUCCUCAUACCCAAUGCGGCAUUUGCGCCGAACGGCCCAGUUAUCCCCGUGUACGCCAAUAACGUCAGCACGCCGGUCCCUGUACCGGCUGCGGUUUCCCCCGGAGCCCCGUCAGGCAACACAGACUCAGUGUGGCGACCCUGGUGAAAAGUGAAAAAAGGACCAUAAAGACUUUAAAAUGACACUUAAUAGUUCUCUCUUUGUUCAAUGUUAGAAAGUUGUUUUGAAUCUGUUUUUUCUUGUAAAAUGGAAAGAGUAUGCACUAUAUUUGUACAGCCAACAAGGGAGUAAAGUUCAUAUUGAAAUGAGAUCUGUAUUGUGGAAGUUCGUUCACUGCAUUUUUUAUAGGUUUGAGUUGUCUUUUUUUACUGUGUGAUGCCAAAGAUAUGUUCAAUGCGCUUAUGAUGUUCUUCGUUUUGGAAGACAAAUAAAUUUGUAAAGAUUUAAAAACAAAAAAA